AUACAGGAAAAAAUUUAUUCAAACCUAGUUAUGGAAGAGUAAUAUUCGUUGCCAGAAUGCUGGAAAGCAAACAAUUUACAACACGCAGUCGACAUUACUUAACGCUGAAAAGAGUGUGGAAUAAAUUAUGGCCUGAAUCAGCUUAAGAUGAAAAUACUCCCCUUAAAUGAAGUUAUGGCUGAAUCAACGGUUUUGUUUUCGUUGCCUAAAGAUGACAUAAACGAAUGGUUAGUUUGUGAUGACGACGCAAACGGCUAUCGAUUGCUGACAGACGAUGAAAUCGUUGAAAUGGCAACAGAGGCGGAGGAAACUGAUUCAGAAGCCAACUUUGAUAGUGGAAAUGUUGACGAUGCUAGUACAACUCACAAAGAUUUGCGUAAAGAAGCUAGAGGAGCUGUAUCGCACAUACAACAAUUCAUCAAGUGGUAUUCUCGGCAAGAAGAAGCAAAUAAGGUAGAUUUAAUGAUUUUACGUCGAUUAAGAAAUUCAGCCGUUGCAAAAUGUGAAGUAACAAUAAAACAAAUAAAGAUUUCGGAAUAAUUUAAAUCAAAUUGAUUCGACUGUACUAACAUAAAGCCCUCUUAUAUUGUCAAAUGA